AUGGGUGAUGCCGUCAUGGCCGAAUUCGGGGCAGCGGCUCCUUACCUGCGCAAGUCGGACAAGGAACGUCUCGAAGCCCAGACUCGGCCCUUCGACAGCCGGAACGAGUGUUUCGUGCCCGACGAGAAAGAGGAAUUUGUCAAGGGCAAAGUCACCAGCCGGGAAGGGGGCAUGGCAACCGUGCAGACGGACAGCGGCAAGACGGUGACGGUGAGGGAGGCCGACGUCCACCAGCAGAACCCGCCCAAGUUCGACAAGAUCGAGGACAUGGCCAUGUUGACUUUCCUGCACGAACCGGCUGUGCUCUACAACCUGAAGGAGCGCUACGCCUCCUGGAUGAUCUAUACGUAUUCUGGUCUUUUUUGCGUGACGGUCAACCCGUACAAAUGGCUCCCCGUCUACAACGCUGAGGUGGUGGCUGCCUACAGGGGGAAGAAAAGGAGCGAAGCCCCUCCCCAUAUCUUCUCCAUCUCCGACAACGCGUAUCAAUACAUGUUGACAGAUCGAGAAAAUCAAUCUAUCCUCAUCACUGGAGAAUCCGGUGCUGGGAAAACGGUCAACACGAAACGGGUCAUCCAAUACUUUGCCAGUAUUGCUGCCAUCGGGGACCGCAAAAAAGAGGCCGGCAACUCCCCCAAGGGGACCUUGGAAGAUCAAAUCAUCCAGGCCAACCCUGCCUUAGAAGCCUUCGGCAACGCCAAAACUUUAAGGAACGACAACUCAUCCCGUUUCGGUAAAUUCAUCAGAAUUCAUUUCGGGGCAACAGGCAAGUUGGCAUCCGCCGAUAUCGAGACAUAUCUCUUAGAGAAGUCUCGGGUGAUUUUUCAGCUGAAAUCUGAAAGAAAUUAUCACAUCUUCUAUCAGAUUUUGUCCAACAAGAAACCAGAACUUCUGGAUCUCUUGUUGGUCACCAACAAUCCUUACGACUACCACUACGUCUCCCAAGGAGAAGUAACGGUGGCCUCCAUUGACGACUCCGAAGAGCUUAUGGCUACCGAUAGUGCCUUUGACGUCCUGGGCUUCACCCCUGAAGAAAAAGUGGGCGUCUACAAGCUGACGGGCGCCAUCAUGCACUACGGGAACAUGAAGUUCAAGCAGAAGCAGCGCGAAGAACAGGCUGAGCCUGACGGGACUGAGGCCACGGAUAAAUCCGCCUACUUGAUGGGUCUCAACUCGGCCGACUUGGUCAAGGGGCUGUGUCACCCCCGAGUGAAGGUUGGCAACGAAUAUGUCACCAAAGGGCAAAAUGUCCAACAGGUGUAUUAUUCCAUCGGGGCCUUGGCCAAGUCCGUGUAUGAGAAAAUGUUCAACUGGAUGGUGGUCAGAAUCAACAACUCCCUGGAGACCAAACAACCUCGCCAGUAUUUCAUCGGUGUGCUGGACAUAGCGGGGUUUGAGAUCUUUGACUUCAACAGCUUUGAGCAGCUCUGCAUCAACUUCACCAACGAGAAGCUACAACAGUUCUUCAACCACCACAUGUUUGUUCUGGAACAAGAGGAGUACAAGAAGGAGGGCAUCGAAUGGGUCUUCAUUGACUUCGGCAUGGACCUCCAGGCCUGCAUUGACCUGAUUGAGAAGCCUCUGGGCAUCAUGUCCAUCCUGGAAGAAGAAUGCAUGUUCCCCAAAGCCACCAACAUGACCUUCAAGGCCAAACUCUACGACAAUCACCUGGGAAAGUCGUCCAACUUCGGAAAAGCCCGCAACACCAAGGGGAAACCGGAGGCCCAUUUUGCGCUGGUCCAUUACGCCGGCACCGUGGACUACAACAUCAACGGGUGGUUGGAGAAGAACAAGGACCCUCUCAACGAGACCGUGGUGGGCCUCUUCCAGAAGUCGGCCCUGAAGCUCCUGGCCACGCUCUUCUCGAGCUACGCCGGCAGCGAGGCAGGCGGAGAAGGCGGGAAGGGCAAAGGAUCCAAGAAGAAGGGCUCCUCCUUCCAGACGGUCUCGGCGGUUCACCGGGAGAACCUCAACAAGUUGAUGGCCAACCUCAAGACCACCCACCCUCAUUUUGUGCGGUGCCUCAUCCCCAAUGAGCGAAAGGCUCCCGGUGUAAUGGACAAUCCUUUGGUCAUGCACCAGUUACGUUGCAACGGCGUUCUGGAGGGGAUCCGGAUCUGUCGGAAAGGAUUCCCCAACCGGAUCCUUUACGGGGAUUUCAGGCAAAGGUACCGGAUCCUAAACCCGGCGGCCAUUCCGGAGGGUCAGUUCAUCGACAGCCGGAAGGGGGCCGAGAAACUCUUAGGCACCUUGGACAUCGAUCACAACCAGUACAAAUUUGGACACACCAAGGUGUUUUUCAAGGCAGGGCUGCUGGGUCAUCUCGAAGAGUUGCGAGAUGAACGGUUGUCCCGGAUCAUUACCCGCAUCCAAGCCAGGGCAAGAGGCCAACUCAUGCGCAUUGAGUUCCGGAAGAUCAUGGAGCGCAGGGACGCCUUGCUCAUUAUCCAGUACAACAUCCGGGCAUUCAUGGGGGUGAAAAAUUGGCCUUGGAUGAAGCUUUUCUUCAAGAUCAAACCUUUGCUGAAGAGCGCGGAAACCGAGAAAGAAAUGCAGACGAUGAAAGAGGAAUUUGGGAGGCUGAAGGAAGCUCUGGAGAAGUCAGAAACCCGGAGAAAGGAGCUGGAGGAGAAGAUGGUUUCCUUACUCCAGGAGAAGAACGACCUCCAGUUGCAAGUCCAGGCUGAACAAGACAACCUGAACGACGCCGAGGAGCGCUGCGACCAGCUGAUCAAGAACAAGAUCCAGCUGGAGGCUAAGGUGAAAGAGAUGACCGAGAGGAUCGAAGAUGAAGAGGAGAUGAACGCCGAACUCACCGCCAAGAAGCGGAAGCUGGAAGAUGAAUGUUCGGAGCUGAAGAAAGAUAUAGAUGACCUGGAGUUGACUUUGGCCAAGGUGGAGAAAGAGAAGCACGCCACGGAGAACAAGGUGAAAAACCUGACAGAAGAAAUGGCUGGUCUGGAUGAGAUCAUCACCAAGCUGACCAAGGAGAAGAAAUCCCUCCAGGAGGCUCACCAACAAGCCUUGGAUGACUUCCAGGUUGAAGAAGACAAAGUCAACAGCCUGAGCAAAGCCAAGAUGAAGUUGGAACAACAAGUGGACGAUUUGGAAGGUUCUCUGGAACAAGAGAGGAAGAUCCGGAUGGAUCUUGAACGGUCGAAAAGGAAACUUGAAGGAGACCUGAAGUUGGCACAAGAGAACAUCAUGGACUUGGAGAAUGACAAACAGCAGAUGGAAGAGAAAAUUAAAAAGAAAGAGUUUGAUAUCCACCAGCAGAACAGCAAGAUUGAAGACGAGCAAGCUCUGGCUUCCCAGCUGCAGAAGAAACUCAAAGAACUCCAGGCACGAAUUGAGGAGCUGGAAGAGGAGAUGGAGGCGGAGCGCGCGGCCCGCGCCAAGGUGGAGAAACAGCGCUCGGACCUUUCGCGAGAACUGGAGGAGAUCAGCGAGCGUCUGGAGGAGGCCGGAGGGGCCAACUCGGUGCAGAUCGAGCUGAACAAGAAGCGGGAGGCCGAGUUCCAGAAGAUGCGGCGCGACCUGGAAGAGGCCACGCUGCAGCACGAGGCCACGGCGGCCACCCUGCGCAAGAAACACGCGGAUUCCGUGGCCGAGCUGGGCGAGCAGAUCGACAACCUGCAGCGGGUGAAGCAGAAGCUGGAGAAAGAGAAGAGCGAGCUGAAGCUCGAGCUGGACGACGUGGCCUCCAACAUGGAGCAGAUUCUGAAGGCCAAGGCAAAUUUGGAGAAAAUGUGCCGGACCAUCGAGGACCAGUCGACGGAUCACCGCGCCAAGUUUGAGGAGACACAGAGGACCCUCAACGACACAAACACCCAGCGAGCGAAACUGCUCACCGAAAAUGGGGAACUCGCCCGACAGCUUGAAGAGAAAGAGGCCCUCGUUUCCCAGCUGACUCGCGGGAAACAAUCCUACACACAACAGAUGGAGGACCUCAAAAGACAACUGGAAGAGGAGACCAAGGCCAAAAACGCUCUCGCGCACGCCCUUCAGUCCUCCCGCCAUGACUGCGACCUUCUGAGGGAACAGUACGAAGAGGAGAUGGAAGCCAAAGCUGAGCUCCAGCGUGUCCUCUCCAAGGCCAACUCGGAGGUGGCCCAGUGGAGAACCAAGUAUGAAACGGACGCCAUCCAGAGGACGGAGGAGCUGGAGGAGGCCAAGAAGAAGCUGGCCCAGCGGCUGCAGGAGGCUGAGGAAGCUGUGGAGGCGGUGAACGCCAAGUGUUCCUCGCUGGAGAAGACCAAGCACCGCCUGCAGAACGAGAUUGAAGAUCUGAUGGUGGACGCGGAACGCUCGAACGCCGCCGCAGCUGCCCUGGACAAGAAGCAAAGGAACUUUGACAAGAUCCUCUCCGAAUGGAAGCAGAAGAACGAAGAAUCUCAGGCAGAGCUGGAGGCAUCUCAGAAAGAGUCCCGUUCCCUCAGCACGGAGCUCUUCAAGCUGAAGAACGCCUACGAGGAGUCCCUGGAACUCCUGGAGACCUUAAGAAGAGAGAACAAGAACUUGCAAGAGGAGAUUUCGGAUCUCACCGAACAGCUGAGCCAAGGGGCCAAAAGCAUGCACGAGCUUGAAAAAGUGAGGAAGCAGCUGGAAUCUGAGAAAGUAGACUUACAGGCGGCUCUGGAAGAGGCAGAGGUAUCCUGUUUACCUUCCCUAAAACUCCCACGGUUUCCCCCCUAUCUUAUGUCUCACUACCAAAGCCAUUAA